AUAACUUCAUGGUAAUGAAAUUGACUGCAGUAGAUAUUUGAAUUUUUUCAGGGGCAGGUAUUCUUGCACUUUACAAUUUUAUUACUGUUUUUCUAAAUCGGUAAGCCUAAUUUCAUGAAGAAGUAAAAUAUGGAUAACAUUUCAAAUGUGGUCGUUAAACCGUUGGAAAAAUCAAUUUACAUGAAACCUUACACUAUGCAUUUUACACAGAACGGUACAGCAAGAACAUGGGAUUUGUUGGCUGUUCACGAUAGUGUAGCUAUAAUAAUUUUCAAUAUUACCAGAAAUGUACUGGUACUUGUUAAACAAUUUCGGCCAGCUGUUUACAUUGGCUUAAUUCCUCUAGAAGACAGACAAUUGGGCCAGCAAAUUGACUUAAAAAAAUAUCCACCCGAGAACGGAAUUACUAUUGAAUUGUGUGCAGGUAUCGUUGACAAAAAUCUUUCACUGGCUGAAAUUGCCCGGGAAGAAGUUUUGGAAGAAUGUGGUUAUAAUGUACAGGUAAAUUCACUCAACCUAAUAGGUAGCUACCGAUCUGGUGUGGGAACCCAAGCAAGCCUUCAAACUGCCUUUUAUUGUGAAGUUACUGAUGACAUGAAAGUAUCAAGUGGUGGAGGUGUAGAAGAUGAAAUUAUUGAAGUGGUUGAAUAUACCAUUGAUGAAAUUAAGAAGUAUGUUACUCAAAAAGAUGUUAUAAACAGUCCACCAAGUUUCUUGUUUGGUAUAUAUUGGUUUUUGCUUAACAAAGCAGAACACUAAGGAAUUGGGAUCUAUCGAGUUGGUGGACUAUUGUGAUAUUAAUAUGUUUAAAGUUAUUAAUUUUAUAAUUUUACAAAAUUAUAUGCUUAAUGUUGUAUAUACAUUUGGCUGUUUUAUAUAACAUAUUGCAAAAUUACAAAUACGACGCAAUGACCUUGUAUUCAAGUUGUAAUGUCUAGUCGCCAACAUAAAACACGAUGGGCACAUUGAAAAAAACUAUGUAUUUAACACUUAAGUAUGAUGACACCUAAUUUUUGAAAUAAUAAAUAAAUAAAAAUAGUAUACAAUAAAAUGCUGCAAGUUACAAUUUACUCAUUUAAUAAUAACAUUUAUGUUUGGUUACUGACCAACUCCUGGGUUACAAACAAAUAACCAUAAUCCAUGUAUCUAAAAUAUUAAAAUUUACUUCAGGUAUUUAUUUAUUUAAUGAGAAUCAGUAUUGGUGGUUUAAUUUAACCUGUUAAUUUGUUAAAAGUCCUUUUUAUAAAUUGUGAUGUGUAAAUGUUUCAACCUAAUAUAUUUUAUAUUUUGUGGAUUUGUUUUGACAUAAUGUUAUGCAAUAAACAUAGACUUACAUAAUCUGCAUUAAAAAUAUGUUGGCUACUGGUUUUCAUAAAUUUUUUCAAUUGUGUGCUUAUAUAAUUGUCAUUGAUACAUAACUUGGCAACUAUGGUCAAAACUUGUGAAAACACUAAUAUAUCUUAAAAUUAAAGAAUUCCAUUGUUAGUUAAUUAUUGAAUUAAAUAAAAUUUGUCUUAAUUUAAU